AUUAGACACAUCUACUCUGACUUGGUGGGUUGAGCAGGAAGCCCCCGGCCCUAAUUCCCAUCCUUGCCUGCUUUGUCUGGAACCCCAGCCUGCUCUUCCCCUGAGAUGUGACUCCCAUGCACCCAAUUUCCCAGGGGCUUGACCCUCACGUGUCAUCUGUCUCCGCAGGGAGUCCACUGCUGGCCUGGUUGCUAUGGCUGCAGGCCUGGCGGGUGGCAGCACCAUGCCCGGGUGCCUGCGUGUGCUACAACGAGCCCAAGGUGACCACCAGCUGUCCGCAGCAAGGCCUGCAGGCCCUGCCCCCCGACAUCCCGGCUGCCAGCCAGCGCAUCUUCCUGCACGGGAACCGCAUCGCGCAGGUGCCAGCUGCAGGUUUCCACGCCUGCCGCAACCUCACCAUCCUUUGGUUGCACUCCAAUGCGCUGGCCCGCAUUGAUGCCGCUGCCUUUACCGGUCUGGCCCUCCUGGAGCAGCUGGACCUCAGCGACAACGGUCAGUUGCGCUUUGUGGACUCCACCACCUUUCGUGGCCUGAGCCGCCUGCACACACUGCACCUGGACCGCUGCGGCCUGCGGGAGCUGGGUCCCGGCCUGUUCCAUGGGCUGGUGGCCCUGCAGUACCUCUACCUGCAGGACAACGGGCUGCAGGCACUGCCCAAUGACGCCUUCCGAGACCUGGGCAACCUCACGCACCUCUUUCUGCAUGGCAACCAGAUCCCCGGCGUGCCCGAGCGGGCUUUUCUCGGCCUGCACAGCCUCGACCGCCUUCUGCUGCACCAGAACCGGGUGGCCCACGUGCACCCGCACGCGUUCCGAGACCUUGGCCGUCUCAUGACCCUGUACCUGUUCGCCAACAACCUCUCGGCGAUGCCAGCUGAGGCCCUGGUGCCUCUGCGUUCCUUGCAGUAUCUGCGACUCAAUGACAACCCAUGGGUAUGUGACUGCCGGGCUCGCCCCCUCUGGGCCUGGCUGCAACAGUUCCGAGGCUCCUCAUCCGAGGUGCCCUGCAGCCUGCCCCCACAUCUGGCCAGCCACGACCUCAAACGCCUGGCCGCCAGUGACCUGCAGGGCUGUGCCAUGGCCACCAGGCCCCUUCAUCCCGCCCGGGCCAGUGGGCCCGCUAACGAUGAGCUGCUUGGGUUACCCAAGUGCUGCCAGCAGGGCCCCAGGGACAAGGCUUCAGUGCUGGAGGCUGGGAGCCCUGCCUCCCCAGGCAAUGCCCUCAAGGGGCGUGUGCCACCAGGGGACAGCCCACCCAGUAAUGGCUCCAGCCCGAGACACAGCAAUGACUCCCCUUUCGGGACCCUCCCUGGCUCGGCCGAGCCCCCACUAAUCGGGCUGCAGCCAGAGGGUUCCGAACUGCCAGCGUCCCCCACCACAGGCCCACGCCGGAGGCCAGGUUGUUCCCGCAAAAACCGCACGCGCAGCCAGUGCCGUUUGGGCCAGGCAGCCGUCGGUGGUGGAGAUACAGAUGGCUCGGGCACCCUGCCCAGCCUGGCCUGCAGCCUCGCCCCUCUGGGUCUGGCCCUGGCGCUGUGGACCGUGCUCGGACCCUGCUGACCCGGCCACCUGCCCCAGACAUGAGGCCUUUCUCUGCAACCAGGUCUGUGUGCAUAUGGACUCCCUCCACAUGUUAGCCUGGGCCGGCGCCCCCACCAGCCCGGCCCCAAUACGGAGCAGCCCCAUGGCAGGGCAGGCCCUCCUCGCCCACUGCCCCCACCCCCAUCUCCACCCCAUCAUGUUUACAGGGUGGCGCAGCGUUUGUUCCAGAGCGCUGCCUCCCGCCCGGAUCGCGGAACAUAAAAAUAUGCAUUUUAUUUUACUUGUGUCAAAAUAUUGGACGAUGUGGAAUAAAGAGCUCUUUUCUUAA